AUGAAGGCCCCAGCCUCAAAGGGCACACCCACAUUUAUCAUUGAAGCAAUUAACAAUCAUAAGAUCAUCAACAAACAGAUAGGUAUGACAAAGAAAGAUAAGAGACAAGAUAGGAAUAAUAAGAAGAAUAAGUUGAUCAGUACUCAACAUCCUAAUCAGGAUGUGAAUGAUGUGAUUGGCGGUGGAGCAGGAGCAGGUGGAUGGAAUAUGAAGACAAGCUCAAUGGCUGACAAGGCUGAUAGACAUCAAUGUUAUGAGACAGCUGUGCAAAGUCCAAAGGCAGACAUUGGCUUUUGCAACAAGGUGUUCCAUCUGUACCGUCAUCGCAAAGCCAUCCACUUCAAAGAGGACUUCUCUGGCACGGGCAUCCUGGCCACUGAGUGGGUCAAGUCAGACCCGGAGCGAACCGCCCUCUGUGUGGACCUUGACGAUGCCACCCUACAAUGGGGCAUGCAGCACCAUGUCAAAGAGGCCGGCGCUGCUGGUGAGCGCGUCACAAUGAAAUGCGCCAAUGUGCUUGAUGUCAAAGACCCCAAGGUGGACCUGAUCGCUUCAUUCAACUACAGUAUCUGUCUUUUCCAUCAACGCUCACUCAUGCUACGAUACUUCCAAGCGGCGUAUGAGAGCCUUGUCGAUGAUGGCGUGCUCGUCUGCGAUCUGUUUGGUGGCUACCAGGCCACGUACACGCCCACCGUGCAGCAUCGUCGCUUUGACGACUUUGUCUACACAUGGUCCAAGGAGCACUACAAUGGACUGACCAAUGAGAUCAUGUGCAGUAUCUCAUUCUCAUUUGCUGACAAGUCGUCACUGAAGCGUUCCUUUGUCUAUGACUUCCGAUUGUGGACCGUUGCCGAGUUCAAGGAGGCAAUGCUGGAAGCUGGAUUCAAGGAUAUUCGUGUAUGGUGGCGUAACGAACGCAAGGUCAACCAACCCAGUCAAGAUGAUAGCAUCAAUACUAGUGACACUAGAUCAAACAAAAAGAGUGCUACAAAGGUUGAUGAUGAUGAUCAGGCUGAUGAUGUGGAUGUGGAAGUGGAUGAGGCAGAGGAGGAAGUUGUAGAUGAGAACAAGUUGAGAUAUAAGGAGAAGAAACAGAUGAAGCAACAGAGAAAGGGAGCCCUGGAACAGAUGGAGGAGUUGGAGAUCAAUCAAGCCAAACAGCAAGAGGCGUUACUGGAGCAUCUUGGUACCUCUAGUGAUUAUAUUGAGGUAGACUCUAUCCCACAGACUGCUUCAUGGAAUGUUUAUGUCGUAGCGCUGAGGUGA